UUCCAUGGUUUCUGGCACCUAGCUGCCACUACAAGAACAACGACGAGGACGACGACAAUGCCUCAUGUAAAUGGGAAAAGCUUCCUUCUGCAGAUGAAGUCCUGCUGUUGCGCGAGCCAGAAGCUUAUUCGCGAGAAGGAGAAAGCUCUCCUUGCUUCUCAGACUCAUUUCACUGAAGAUGAAGUUGAAGCUUUUUUUGAGCUGUUCAGGAAGUUGAGCAGCUGUCUGGUGGAUGAUGGGGUUAUAAGCAAAGAAGAGUUCCAGCUGGGUUUGUUUGGGAACAGCAGGAAGCAGACCCUCCUUGCUAAUAGGCUCUUCCAAUUGUUUGAUUCCAAGAGAGAUGGAGCAAUAGACUUUGAAGAGUUCGUGAGAGCUUUGAGUGUCUUCCACCCCAAGGCAGCUCAAACAGAGAAAGCUGCUUUUUCAUUCCAGCUCUACGACAUCUGGGAAACCGGCUUCAUCCAACGCAAAGAAGUAAGAAAAAAGGUCAAGGAGCUGUUUCUGGCACUCCUGGAUGAGUCUGACUUGCUACUCACAGAUGAAACUGUUGAAGCCAUUGUUGAUAAGACAUUCAACGAGGCGGACUCAAAAGGCGAUGGAAAGAUCGAUGAAGAGGAAUGGAGGCACUUCACAGCUCAGUACCCAUCACUACUGCAGAGUGUGACUCUUCCACAUUUAUUGGAUGUCGGAACAGUGUAUCCGAGUUUUACAACAGUCUGAUAUCGAUGAUGACUCGAGUAUAGUUUCACUAAAUUCAAAAAGGUUUGAUCUUUUAUUCAGAGCUGAAAUGUACACAUUUCUUACAACUAAUCAACAAGUAACAUAUAAGUGAUACAUGAUCUAUAGAACUGGAACACCAUCCAUUAAUUUUCUGCUUGUUAAUCCGGAAUAGAAUAAAAGAACAGACAAAUGGACAAUUCGAGUUUUACGUGAUAUCUCUAGAAUGUCCGGAUUAAUCCAUGGAAGUGUUAUUCUAGUUUUCUCAUUUAUGUAUCUUCCCAGCUGCAUCUCACCACUGCUAUUAUUAAUUAAUUAAUAUAUAAAGUCAAGGUUGUAGGUUACUAUUCAUUAGUGACUCUCACAUUCCUCUAAAUGUAAGUGGGGAAGUUCAAAGUCCUUCUUUUACCCAACUCUCCAUUCUACUACCUUUGUGUUUAGUUAUUGUUCGCUAGGUUUUCGUUUAUGACUUUUUGCACAAAUCAUCGCCUUCGUGUUAUCAUCGUAAUAUAUAAAAGCCAAGGUUGUAGGUUACUAUUCAUUAGUGACUCUCACACUCCUCCAAAUACAAGUGGGGAAGUUAAAAGUCCUUCUUUUACUUCACUCUCUAUUCUACAACCUUAGCGUGUUUUAGCUUUAGUGUUUUUCAUUUCGCUUUUUUCUUUUAUUUGAGAAAGACAAUUGAACCCAAAUCCAUAGGUAUCCAACCUAAUUUGACCCGAUCAAUGCGAGUCAAACCUCCUCAAACCUGCAAUCAGUCUAAAAAUUUCAUAAAGGAGAACCACGAUUACCUCAAACCCAAAAAAAGCCAAAAGAGUACGAGUAAGUUUGGCCCAAGUUUUAGAAGUUUUAUGUUUCAAAAGUUGAAGUCAAUCCAAACACCUCUAAAGUUUCGCUUUUUAAAAAACUGAAAUUUUCCGAAUUAAAAGCAGAAACUCAGAUUUGAAAAUACAAAAUUGCCUUACCAUAUAUUAUUCUCUUUCUAGAAAAAUUAAUUUUAAUUCAUUUAUAUAAUUAUAAAAAAAAAUUGAAAAGUAUUAUUAUUUAAUAUGAAAUAAAUAUAACGUGAUCCAUUUUAAAUACUUUUUUACUUUUAGAAUUUGUAUUUAUAUUUUAUGUUAGAAAUUUUUUUAGUCAUUUUUCAUUACCUCUUAUAUUAGAAAGUAAUUUUGAUAGUUUUAAGCUAAACACUCAACAGUUUUUUUUAAAUACUUCUUGAAAUGAAAUAGAGAAGCUGCUUCAUUCUGCAAAAGUUACAGUAGGAUCAAUUACUAGCCAUACAAAUUGAAGCGUCAUGAAAGAAGUUUAAACAUAAAUAAUCUAUUCGACGACUCUUCUAUAUUAUGCAAAUUCAUCGACCAUAUGCUAUUGUAAAUAACAAACAUAUGAAAAGAAUGAUUAAGAAUGAAAUAAGAUCACUUUCAAUUUUGGGUUAACAUUAAAAUAUUUAUUUUUAUAAUACGCGAAGCGAUAACGAGCGGGUUUUGCUAGUCCGAUAUAAAUGGAAUCGGGUAAAUGUCACAUUUGGUCACUGAGAUUACUAAAUCGUGUCAUGUUUAGUCACUAGAAAAUUUUAAUAUCAAUUUUGGUCAUUCGAAUUACUGAAAUAGGUCACAUUUAGUCACUCUCCCGUUAAUGGAGUUGGACGGAAACUAACGGUGGAGUGACUAAACGUGACAUGUUUCAGUCAUUCGAGUGACUAAAUGUGACAUGUUUCAGUAAUUCGAGUGACCGGAGUUGGACAGAGGUUAACGGGAGAGUAACUAAAUGUGACAUGUUUCAGUAAUUCGAGUGACCAAAAUUGAUAUUAAUUUUUUCUAGUGAUUAAGCAUGACACAAUCUAGUAAUCUCCGACCAAAUGUUGCAUUUACCCAAUUGGAACCAUACAUAAAAUUGCUUAUCACCU